GGGGCCUUCCUCACGUGCGAGCACAAUCUAUAGAUUCUCGUCAUCUUCAGCUCAGCUUGACCCCGGCUCCUCAACGCUGUGAGGUAUUUUGGCAGGCAUCUCGGCCUGUUUGCGCGCCACUACAAUGUCGGGGCUUGAGAUCGCAGGCCUCGUCCUGGGAGCACUCCCUUUUGUUCUCAAGUCUGUAGAUGCUUAUCGAGACGGCUUUCGCCGGAUUGGGACGACAUUUAACAAGCGGCAACAUGUCGCCAAACUGGCUCGGGCACUUCGUCUUCAACAGCACACCCUGGAAGAGCUGAUCAAGUCUAUCUUGUUAGACAGCGGUUUCGAAGAUGCGCUCGCUCUGGACGAUGACCCGGUUGGGUUUUUGAACGACAGCGAGGUCCAGGAGCAGGUGGAGGAUUAUUUAGGCCUCAAAAACACCAGCUUCCUGAUUGAUGAGCUUACGGCCAACAUCGAGGCAGUUGGAAAGGUAGCUAGGUGCAUAUCAGGCCUUGUGCCCGGGCUCGAGGGCCCAAAAGAUGACCUUGUCGCCAUCAUCCAGGCGAAUCAAGACAAGCCCAGCUUGAUGGCUGAUCUCGGCCCAAGGCUCAAGCUGGUACUUGGCAUUACCGACAUGAAGGAGAUGAUUCAGGAGAUCGACAAGUGCAGCAACGCACUCGAGCGCUUCUCGAAGCUCGCCUUGUCGAACUGCCAGGCGAUGAAUAGCAACUCGUCGAGGAAGUCUCAGAAGCUCGCCAAGGCAUUCCGCCAGAUUCGGGGGCUGGCUGGGGGCCUGUAUGGUGCUGUUCUGGAAGGAUUCCGAGACGAGUGCCACGACAGCCACGAGGCGAGGCUAUACCUCGAGGACCGAGUUGAUACUGCUCACCAGCUGCUUCGCGGGCGUGGUGCGGCCGGCCCCGAUGCGCCGCUGAUGAUGUUCCAAUUGGUCUUUCAGGCUGAAGGACAGAAGGAGGACACGCUUUACUACGAAGCCGCUGUCAAAGUCUUGGGAAACUAUCGGGAUGACCAUGAAAAUAUGAACACCGAACCAGGCGGCACUCCAGGUUCGACAAAAGCCAGCGUUACUUUCUGUGUGACGGAGGAUCCAUCGGACACAAAGCUCGCUGGAACCGCCAUCACCAACAUCUGCAGGACCAUUAAGGAGGCCGUUGGGACGAAGUCCAGGCCCACGUUUGCGCUGCUCGGAAAUCAGAAAAUGGUUGUUUUCCCGGAAGACAACGCCACGCUCGGGGUCCAGUCGCACAGUCAUGAGAAACACAGAAACUAUGUCUCCCUAACCCAAAUCUUAAACACGGCAUCAGCGAACCUCCCCUGGAAGCCCAGGUUGCAGCUCUCCCUGCGGCUGGCAUCCAGCCUCCUGCAGCUCCUCCAAACACCCUGGCUCACCAGAGCCUGGCAUAAAGACGCGGUGUUCUUCCUCGCAUCCGACCCGGCACCCGGCCCCGGCCCCACCAGCGGCGCAAAGCGACCCGCGCCGGUUGAUCUGAGCCGGCCAUUCGUCGUCUGUAACUUCAGCGGCGCGUCUUCCCCACAAGGGGGCCCGUCAGAAACAGAAACAAGGGCAGCAUUGCUGGAGCUAGGGAUUAUACUGCUGGAGAUAUGGCACGGGAUGACACUCGAGGCACAUUUUGGGCUAGAUGAGUCCAAGCCCGAGUCGGACAAACAAUCACAGCCGCAGCCGACGAAAUAUUUUGAGCGCCUCGCCCAGGCGCUGGAGUGGGAGGCCGACUGGACGAAUCCGAUGCCGGGGCUUUUCGGGGAGACGGUAUCGCAGUGUUUGAGGGGCAAUAACGUGUCCGCUGGGAAAAAGCUCGACUGGGAGGAUCUGAGUGUCUGGAGCUCAAUCUGUAGUGAUAUUAUCGAGCCGCUGUCGAAGCUGUACAAGAAUUUCUGAUUUGGCAGGCAAGACCUAAAUGUCAACCAGCAAGCCAAGGCGGCCGAGUUGCACAGAUAAAUCUCGUUCGUUUCCUCUGCGACUUUGAGGUUGAAGACACCGGGGCUUGAUGUCCCGGGGUUCGUAACGAA